AUGUACUUCACCAACGCCUUCAUCGCCGCGCUCGCCGCUCAGGCUUUCUCCCGUGACAGCCGCAUCAGCUCUUCCGGUGCUGGAAAGCUUGCAGCCUUGAUGGCUCUCGGUGCUACUCCAGGAAGCGCCCUGCCAAUCUUUACCACUAUUGAAGUCCGAGAGCCUCACCACCAGGGAGGCCAAAACAAACAGGGCCAGCAAGGUAACCAGGCGGCUCAGGCCAACCAGAACCAGAACGGCAACAACAACAACAAUGCCGCAAACAAUGCAGCAGCCAAUGCGGGAUGUAACGCCAAGCGGGACGAGGACGAACUUGUUGCUCGCCACCACCAGGGUGCCCAGGGUGCCCAGGGAGGCAACGCCAAUGCUAACGCCAACGCCAAUGCCAACGACUGCAACGGCGCCAAUGCCAAUGCUAACAACAACAACAACAACAACAACAACAACAACAACAACAACAACAACAACAACAAGCGUGACCUCGAGACCAGGCAUCACCAGGGUGGAAAGAACAAGGCUAAGGGCAAGAACAACAAGCGAGACCUGGAGACCCGACACCACCAGGGCGGAAAGAACAGAAACGGAGCCAAGGCCAAGGGUAACAACAAGCGCGACCUCGAGACCAGGCACCAUCAGGGCGGAAAGAACAAGGCCCAGAACAAGGGCAAGAACAACAAGCGAGACCUAGAGACCAGGCAUCACCAGGGCGGACAGAACAAGAACGCUGCUGCCAAUGGAAACGCUGGUAACAACGGAGCCAAUGCCAACGCCAAUGCCAACAACAACGCCCAGAACAACGCUCAGAACAACGCCAACAACAACGCUCAGAACAACGCCAACAACCAGGCCAAUGCCCAGGCCAACAACGCUGGCUGCAACGGCAAGCGAGAUUUGGAGACUCGACACCACCAAGGAGGACAGAACAAGGGUGCCAAUGCUGCUGCUGCCAAUGGUUGCAACAACUAA